AUGGCUAUCACCGUUUCCACUCCUAAAAAUAGGAAAUCAAAAACAAAACAAAAGGAAUACCCCAGAAACAUAAUCGCAAAGAUCAGUGAAAGACGCAAAAUAAGAGGAGAAUGGCAUAAAACUAGAUAUCCUUCCGAUAAAUUUCAGCUAAACAGAGCAACGAAGGAACUAAAAGACAUAAUUAAAGAGCAUGAAAAUCGUUGUGUACAAAGUCACUUAUCUCAACUCACAUCACAAAAGGAUACUAAUUAUUCACUGUGGCGCGCAACCAAGAACCUUAAGCAACCAAAAGACCACAUCCCGCCCCUGAGAAAACUGGAUAGAAGCUGGGCUAGGACUGAUGUAGAAAAAACAACAGCAUUCGCAGUACACCUAGAAAAAGUAUUUACACCACUAUCUUGUUCCGACCCCGAUAAAGACGAUGACAUAGCGAAUUAUCUACAGUCUCCAAAUCAAUUAUGUCCCCCAUUAAAAGCAGUAAGUCCUAAAGAAAUAAGCCGGGAGAUAAAAUCUCAUUCACCCAAUAAAGCUCCGGGGUACGACCUAUUGGACUCCGUGCUGUUAAGCAAUCUUCCAAGGAGUGGCAUAAUAUAUCUUGUUACACUCUUCAAUUCAUCUAUAAGACUCUCCCACUACCCGGGACAGUGGAAAAUUGCUCAAGUAGUAAUGAUCCUUAAACCUGGAAAGCAGCCAGAAGAAGUCUCAUCCUACAGACCAAUAAGUCUCCUUCCACUGGUGGGGAAAUUGUUCGAAAAAGUUAUCCUCAAUAGAAUGCAAUCUCAUCUAAAUGCUAUUCUUCCUGGGCACCAAUUUGGAUUUAGACCAAGGAAUGGAACCAUUGAGCAGGUUCACAGAUUGACAGAUACCAUCGGUUAUACGCUUGAAAAUAAGAAAUAUUGCUCGGCUGUGUUUCUGUAUAUAAGUCAGGCAUUUGAUAGAGUCUGGCACGAUGGCCUCUUAUUCAAGAUCAAAAAACAGCUGCCGCAUUUCUUCUACUUUUUACUGAAAACUACUUAA